UUUUGCAUAACAAGGUUCACAAUAUCGACCAUACAAGUGAUAUACUAGUAAGACGUGAAUAUUAGGAUUUAGGGUUCUUCCAUCAUCCCUUCAUUUUCUCAAAAAUGGCAGAAUCGCGGUUCAAGCAAUACACAUACAUCCCCCAAAACCCUCUACCCCUCUCCCCUCCUUCUAUAAUCCCAAAACCCAACCCCUUCGACAUGUACCGCGUUGAAAAACACACCGUCGUAUUCCCGGCCAUCCACAUCGAAGACGAAAGCAUCUUCCCGGCCAUCCCCGUCGAAGAGGAGAUCAUCUUCCCGGUCAUCGACGACGGCGUAUACCAACCAAAGUCCAAGAGAACCCGCGCCGCCUAUGACAAUCUCCUCACCCUCAUCCAGCAGCCCCUCCCCGGUCAGCCACUCGCCGGGCAGCCGCUCAGUACAGUCAGAUUCGUCGCCGAUAAGAUUCUCGAAAUUCUCAAAAACGACGCCGUUGAUUACCAUGACAAGAGGAUCAACGUUGAGAUGCUUCUUAACCCUAUCCCUGAUCAUGUUUUUGAUCAGCUUGUUUCGGUUGGGAAGCUUAUAACUGAUUUCUAUGGGUUUGCUGCUGGUCAUGUUGACGGCGGCGUUGUCGACGGUGUCCGGAGUUUAUCCAUUUGCAGCGAUAGAUAGAGGAUUAUGCUGCAUUCAGAAAUUAUGUGAAUAGGUUGGUUAUUGCAAUACUGGACCUUCUUUUUGUUCGUUUUCUUUAGGAUGAAAUUGAAUGGUGUCAAUUGUUUCAUUGACAUAGCAAAGUGUUAAUUUUUUAAAUUUGAAUGUUAUGUUAGUAUAUAUUUUUUAUAUGAUUAUCAUGAUAUUAUUUUGGACUCC